GAUUUCGAAAUGACAAGAGCAAGUCGUCGAUCAAAGAAGCGAAGAAAAAUUAUCAAACGGAAGGUAAAUAUUAGGGGGAAAUGGAAAGCUAGUAAAGAAUCACAAGCUAUUAUUAGUCCAAAGGUUGUGAAGUACUGGCGACAACGGUACAGUUUGUUUUCGAGGUACGAUGAAGGUAUCAAAAUGGACGAAGAAGGAUGGUUCUCCGUAACGCCAGAGGAAAUUGCAGUCCGUCACGCCCAGCGGUGUGUUGCCGGUGGAGUCGUUGUAGAUUGCUUUGCUGGUAUGGGUGGCAAUUCCAUUCAAUUUGCUGCAUUGGGCUAUCAUGUUGUUGCCAUAGAUAUUGACCCUCAAAAGGUUGAAAUGGCAUCAAACAAUGCAAAGAUCUAUGGUGUGGACAAUUAUAUUGAUUUCAUCGUGGCAGACUUUCUUCAAGUAGCACCAUCCCUAAAGAAACAAUUUUGGUCACCUCAAAUGCCAGUAUACAAGGGCAAUGUAGCAUUUCUUUCACCACCAUGGGGAGGUCCAUCAUAUAAGAUGGCAGAUAAUUUCACUCUUGACCUACUGAAGCCUGUAGAUGGGUACACAUUGUUUCAAGUAGCUCAAACAAUAACUCCUAACAUCAUUAUGUUUUUGCCUCGAAAUGUGGAUGUUUGUCAAGUGGAAGAACUCUCUUGGCUGUCUUCUCCUCCUUUAAAUGUCGAGAUUGAAGAAAACUAUGUGCAGGGCUAUUUAAAGGGCAUGACUGCUUAUUUUGGUAAUACUGCAUAUUGGGGCGUAACUGAAGAAACAACUUCACAUAACAUCCAUGAGGUUUAAGGUUGAUUCACCAUCAGGUGUCUGCAGAUGGUUCAUGCCUUACUGGUCCCUUACAUAAUGCAUCAGUGGGCAACACAAAUUUACUGGGUUCUUUAUCUAAAUGACUUACAAGUGCUUUUUAAAUUCAUGACCUUCUGACAGGUUUCUAGGCAUUCUUGUGUAUGGAAGUGACAUUCUCAAACCUGUCAUAAAGUCAUUUAACCAAAGGACCCCAUUUUAUUCGGACUCUGAGUGCCUUGUCUUUGGAUGAGAUCCAUACAUCUGUUAUUGGUAUUGUAGAGCUCAUUCUAUGUACAUUAAUUAGAUUGAAAAAAGAGGUUGUAUUAUUGGAGAACAGGCUUUUGGUAACCUAGUUUAGAAUAUGUUAAACCUUCAUCGUUGUGCUUAUACUUUUUGUGGCAGGUCUUAAUAUUGUUGAAAGUUCAAAUUUCAAUGAAGCCCGAGAAAGUUACUCCUCUGACCAAGAAUUUCCUUCUGGGCUGCAGCACAGUGAGCUUGCUAGGUAAACAUAUGUACCAUUUGUGUGCGAUUGCCUCUGCAAUUAGCGACUGUAAU